AUGGCGACUACUUCUAAUAUGUUUCUUUACUCUUUGACUAUCCAGCCUCCCACCACAAUUACUCAAGCUAUUCUCGGUCAAUUCUCUGGCACCAAAGAGCAACAAAUCAUCACAGCCUCAGGAUCGCGACUCACGCUACUACGUCCCGAACCAUCCCAAGGAAAGGUUGUUACCCUUCUGUCUCACGACGUUUUUGGCAUCAUCAGGUCCAUUGCUGCCUUUCGCUUGGCGGGAAGUAAUAAGGACUACAUAAUACUUGCCACUGAUUCGGGACGCAUUGCAAUAAUCGAGUAUAUCCCUCAACACAAUCGUUUCAAGCAACAGAAGCUCGAAACUUUUGGAAAGUCUGGUGUGCGUCGGGUCGUUCCUGGACAGUAUCUAGCCUGUGAUCCCAAGGGACGUGCCUGUCUCAUCGCGUCGAUCGAAAAGAACAAGUUGGUCUAUGUCCUGAACCGAAAUGCUCAGGCAGAGCUUACUAUUUCUUCGCCCUUAGAGGCGCACAAGCCGGGAACGAUUGUGCUCUCGAUGGUCGCUUUAGAUGUCGGUUACGCCAACCCAGUAUUUGCAGCGUUGGAGGUUGAUUACUCUGAAGCAGACCAAGACCCUUCAGGCCAAGCUCUCACUGAGGUCGAGACGCAGUUAGUCUACUACGAACUAGACCUAGGGUUAAAUCAUGUUGUCAGAAAAUGGCACGAACCAGUUGAUCCUACUGCGUCUAUACUGUUCCAAGUUCCCGGCGGUAAUGACGGACCUAGUGGUGUUCUAGUCUGUGGGGAAGAGAAUGUCACAUAUAGGCACUCUAACCAGGAAGCAUUUCGUGUGCCGAUUCCCAGAAGAAAAGGCGCAACAGAAGAUCCUCAACGAAAGCGUUCAAUCGUCUCCGGUGUCAUGCACAAACUAAAGGGAAAUGCAGGCGCAUUCUUUUUUCUCCUACAAACGGAGGAUGGUGACCUUUUCAAGGUUACUAUUGACAUGGCGGAAGAUGAUGAUGGUAAUGCAACUGGAGAAGUACGAAGGCUCAAAAUUAAGUAUUUCGACACCGUCCCGGUCUCUACAAACCUCUGCAUUCUGAAAAGCGGUUUCUUGUUUGUUGCUAGCGAAUUCGGGAACCACCACUUCUACCAGUUCGAAAAGCUAGGCGAUGAUGAUGAUGAGUUGGAGUUCACCAGCGACGCCUUCCCGACAGACCCACAGGCAUCAUACAAUCCCGCCUAUUUCUACCCUAGGCCGGCUGAAAAUCUAAGUCUGGUUGAGAGUAUCGAUUCAAUGAAUCCCCUUGUUGAUUGCAAGGUAGCCAACUUGACUGGUGAUGAUGCACCACAAAUUUACUCUAUCUGCGGAAAUGGUGCGCGGAGCACGUUUAGGACUCUAAAGCAUGGUCUAGAGGUCAAUGAAAUCGUAGCCUCGGAGCUUCCAGGUGUUCCAUCUGCUGUUUGGACUACCAAGCUUAACAGAGACGACCAAUACGAUGCUUACAUUGUCCUCUCGUUUAGUAACGGUACUUUGGUGCUUAGCAUUGGCGAGACUGUAGAGGAGGUAACCGAUACCGGUUUCCUCUCGACCGUUUCAACGUUGGCCGUCCAGCAACUUGGCGAUGACGGCCUCGUUCAGGUACAUCCCAAAGGUAUCCGGCAUAUCGUUCGAGGGCGAGUGAAUGAAUGGGAAGCGCCGCAACAUCGAUCAAUUGUUGCUGCUUCCACUAAUGAGCGACAGGUUGCUGUUGCAUUAAGCUCGGGUGAAAUUGUCUAUUUCGAGAUGGCUGAUGAUGGGUCCUUGGCUGAAUAUGACGAAAAGAAAGAGAUGUUCGGGACUGUUACCUGCCUAAGUUUGGGCGAGGUUCCCGAAGGUCGUUUGCGAAGUUCAUUCCUUGCUGUUGGGUGUGAUGACUGCACCGUCCGAAUCCUUAGUCUGGACCUGGAGUCCACCCUCGAGAGCAAAUCUGUGCAGGCGCUGACCGCUGCCCCGUCCUCGCUUUCUAUAAUGUCUAUGGAGGACUCGGCAUCAGGCGGUUCAACCUUAUACCUGCACAUUGGCUUGCAUUCGGGUGUCUAUUUACGGACGGUUCUAGAUGAGGUGACUGGAGAAUUGACUGAUACCCGUCAGAAAUUCCUUGGGCCUAAAGCUGUACGACUCUUCCAGACCUCAGUUCAAGGCCGUACCUGUGUCCUAGCUCUCAGCUCGAGAACUUGGUUGGGCUACUCGGACCCAAUCACAAAGGGUUUUAUGAUGACCCCUCUAGAUUACAGCGAUCUGGAAUGGGGAUGGAAUUUCAGUAGCGAGCAGUGCGAAGAAGGCAUGGUGGGCAUUCAGGGCCAAAAUCUUAAAAUAUUUUCUAUCGACAGGUUGGGGGACACUCUACUACAACAAUCGAUACCACUUACCUAUACCCCAAGACGUCUCGCUAAACACCCCGAUCAGCCCUAUUUCUAUACUAUCGAAUCUGACAAUAACACGUUGCCACCUGAGCUACGUGCCCAACUCCUGGCUGACCCUGGUGUCGUCAAUGGCGACGCCGCCGUACUGCCACCCGAGGAGUUCGGAUAUCCCAGAGGCCGUGGCAGAUGGGCGUCUUGUAUUAGUGUCGUGGAUCCGUUAACGGAGAAGCGAGUUCUGCAAACGCUAGAAUUAACUGAGAACGAAGCUGCCGUUAGCAUGGCAACAGUAUCAUUUGCGAGUCAGGACAACGAGACGUUCCUCGUGGUUGGUACUGGGAAAGACUUAAUUGUCAGUCCCCGUCAGUUUAGCGCAGGGUAUAUACAUGUCUACAGAUUCCGUGACAACGGCAAAGAGAUCGAAUUCAUUCAUAAGACCAAGGUAGAAGAGCCACCCAUGGCACUGGUGCAAUUCCAAGGUCGACUGCUGGCAGGAAUUGGCAAAACCCUUCGUGCCUACGACCUUGGGCUUCGCCAACUUCUUCGAAAAGCGCAGGCUGAGGUUGCACCGCAGCUCAUUGUCUCCCUACAAACUCAAGGCAGUCGUAUUAUCGUCGGUGACGUUCAGCAAGGAGUGACGUACGUCGUAUACAAAUACGAGAGUAAUAAACUGAUACCGUUUGCUGACGACACAAUACCACGCUGGACAAACUGUACAGCUAUGGUAGAUUAUGAGUCAGUUGCUGGUGGAGAUAAAUUCGGAAACAUCUGGAUUGUACGAUGUCCACAAAAAGCAAGUGAAGAGGCCGACGAAGACGGAACCGGUGCGCAUCUACAGCAUGCCAGGGAAUAUUUGCAUGGCGUGAACCACCGCUUGAGUCUCAUGGCCCACUUCUACACGCAGGAUGUGCCUACUAGUAUAAGCAAGACCAAUCUGGUGGUGGGUGGACAAGAUGUACUUCUCUGGAGCGGGAUACAAGGGACUAUUGGCGUAUUUAUCCCUUUUGUUAGUCGAGAGGAUGCGGAUUUCUUCCAGAGCCUUGAAUCGCACAUGCGAAGUGAGGACCCACCUCUUGCCGGAAGAGAUCACCUUAUAUACAGGGGUUACUAUGCUCCCGUCAAAGGCGUUAUUGAUGGCGACCUAUGUGAAAGAUUCACGUUGCUCCCUAAUGAUAAGAAGCAAAUGAUUGCAGGAGAGCUGGAUCGUUCGGUCCGAGAGAUCGAGAGAAAGUUAUCCGACGUACGAACUCGGUCGGCAUUUUGA